ACACACACACACACACCUCUGGCACAAAGAGAACAGGUUUAUACUGUACUGCUGCUUCUCUCGCGGUUGUGAGUAUAGUCACUUUACGGACGCAACGAGCGCGCGUUUUGGUUUUUUUUGGGUUUUUUUAUUACACGACAAUUUUAUACGCGAGUCGUGGCGAGCCGAGAGCGCGAGACAGAAACGCACCGCCAGGUCGGUCCUCCGCGAGCCGGUUUGUCGUCCCGAGUGAGUGGAGCACAUGCACAGCCGCCGGGGAGAGAGCUCCCGGGACCGGGGCGCGCGCGCUGUUCUCACACUGUAGGAUGUGCGUGCGCGACGGCGGCGUGCCGAGGCGACACCAGUUGGUCCAGAGAUCCAGUACGAAGGUCCUGAGUUCCUGCACGGGAAACUCGGAAAAGUUUUUGCAUUGCUGGUGCUUUCAAGAACCAAACGAAGGAUGCCUCAGAAAUACAGAAAGCUUUUUCCCGGACGAGAAAGGACGUCCGCUCGUCUCCUCUGGCUUUGGAUUCUGAUUCCUCUCAUUGCUCAAGCUGACAGCCACUUCAUGAGCAAUUCCAAGGCCAUCCUGCACGGAUGCACGGACCAGUGGAUUCUGGAUGACAAGCACAGCGUACCCAAUCUCUUCCAGAUGACCGUGUGCAUGGACCUGCGUUUACUGACCACAGGAAAGUGGAUGGCGUUUAGCUACGCGACGCCUCACUCGUCGUACUACGACCUGGCACUGCAUGGUGACAGCGAGGCCGUGUACGCCUGGCUCCUGGGUGUGCGGCACCGAUUCCCUGUCAGGUUGGAGCUGGAACGUUGGCACCAGUUGUGUCUGCGCAUUGACACGUUGAAUAACAGCUUCAUCCUGACCGUCAACAGCAGUCAGAAGACGUCCGAGCAACGUACGGUGAUCACUCAAGCCAUAAAACUCAAGGGUAAACUACAGCUGGGAUGUCAGUCCGAGGGCACUUUCACAGGGAGCACAACAGCCACCAUAGAGCUCUACAUGUUCAGGAUAUGGGGGGAUGUGAGGAAGCAUUCACACUGCGAGGAUGGCACCAUCGUGGGCUGGGACUCGAGUAUGUGGAAAAUCAGUCGGUACGAGGCCUGGGCCAAGGAUCGCACACUCUACUGCGGCAUGCUCAGUCUUUUGCACCUUGUACGGGUGAAACGCAACAGUGACCUGAGUAAUAAUGCAACGGGAGCUACCAUUCUAUCAUCAGCCACUUCUCAAGACAGCACCAUGACCUCUAACUUUACCACAUCAGCCACUGCUACUACUGAAACUAAUACUCCGACUAGCACAGUUACUCACUCAACUUAUACUCCUACUAACACAGAUCCCCCUAUGUCUACUAUUCUUACUGCUACUUCUAUAGCUGCUAAUUCUGCUCAGAACACUUCUACAGCCACUAGUUCUACAACUGCAGACACCAUCAGAUAUACUACCCUAGCUACUGCUCCCUCUGCCACAGAUACCCAAAUAAAUGCUAUUCCUACUGCCACAGAUACCCACAUGACUGCUAGUCCUGCUACCACCAGUGUCAUCAUGGAUGCUACUCCUAUUACCUCCAGUACUGCUGCAACAGAUACCACCAUCGUUAGUAGUCCUAAUCCUACAAAUACCAUUGCAAGUGGUGCUAAUACUACCACUGGUACCUCCACAGCUAUAAUACCUACUGAAACUACUGUUCUUCCUACUAUAGAUAGCAUAGUUCAUUCCACUCUGGUUAUAGAUAAACCAGUGCAAACAAUUAAUAGCUCCACAGAUACCCCAGAGACUAAUAUACCUACACAUAACACCACAGCUACUACUAUAUUUAAUUCUCUUAUAACCAGAGGGACUAUAACUACUACUCCUAAUACUAAGGAUAUAAUACAUACUAACCCUGCUAUCACAGAUACCUUACCUACUCCAGCUCCAAAUUCUGUUCAUCCAACUAGCAUUGAUCCUGCACCCACUGCUGUCACAACAACUGUGGAUAACAAAAGAGCUACUCCAAACAAAGCCAAAGGUAACCUGCAGAACUCCUGUAGCUGUUAUAGAUACUGCGGAGGUUCUGGAGCGCUAUAUACUUUUAAUCUGGAUAUCAAGAAUGACUCAGUGACUAUGAGCGAGAUCCAAAAUAUAGCUUCAGAGCUGGCUUCUCCUUGCAGCUCACCGGAUAUUUCUACGUCUCUGUGUAAUAAAAUUCCCAAAGACUCCAGUUCCUUUCAGGGUGCACACAUACAAUGCACUAAUACACCUAAAAGACUCCAGAGCUGUAUAAUAGCAGUGCUGUAUAGUAAUCCACUGGAUAUGUGCACUUUCAAAGAGGUUCUGGUGGCCUUAUUCCAAUCCAACAGAAUCAGUUUUAAAUAUCCCCUCAGUAGAACGGCUGCUCUGUGCGGAUCACCCAACGUUUCUGAAGCUGAACUCUUCAACUCAACAUCUCAAUGGUCUGAAAGAAUCUGCUCAACCCUAACCUGUGAUCUAUCAGAUGACCAGUUCCAAUCCCUCACCACCAGUCUUACAUGCUCUCAAGGUCAAGUGCAGUAUCUACAGUUAAAUGAGAGCUGUCAGUUUUCAUCAACAAAUGGUUCAAUUUCAGAGACAAACACCACAGCACCAUCAUUCAGUAACAGUACAAAUACAAACACUAGGUCAAACACGAAAAACACCACAUUACCAACAUUCAAUAGCAGUACAAGUACAAACACUAAUACAGACACAACAAACACCAGUAACACUACAAACACAAACACUAAUACAGACACAACAAACACCAGUAUCACUACAAAUACAAACACUCCUCCAGACACAACAAACACCAGUAGCACUACAAAUACUCCUCCAGACACAACAAACACCAGUAACACUACAAAUACAAACACUCCUCCAGACACAACAAACACUACUACAGACACGACAAACACCAGUAACACUACAAAUACGGAGACUCCUCCAAACACAACAACUACCAGUAACACUACAAAUACAAACACUUCUCCAAACACAACAAACACCAGUAACACUACAAAUACGGACACUCCUCCAGACACAACAAACACCAGUAACACUACAAAUACAAACACUACUCCAGACACAACAAACACCAGUAACACCACAAACACUCCUUCAGACACAACAAACACCAGCAACACUACAUAUACAAAUACUCCUCCCAACACAACAAACACCAGUAACACUACAAAUACAAACACUCCUCCAGACACAAUAAACACCAGUAACACUACAAAUACUACUACAGACACAACAAACACCAGUAACACUACAAAUACUACUACAGACGCAACAAACACCAGUAACACUACAAAUGCCACCACAGACACUGCAGACACCAGUAACACUACAAAUACAAAUACUCCCCCAGACACAACAAACACCAGUAACACUACAAAUACAAACACUCCUCCAGACACAAUAAACACCAGUAACAUUACAAAUACUACUACAGACACAACAAACACCAGUAACACUACAAAUGCCACCACAGACACUGCAGACACCAGUAACACUACAAAUACAAAUACUCCCCCAGACACAACAAACACCAGUAACACUACAAAUACGGACAGUCCUCCAGACACAACAAACACCAGUAACACUACAAAUACAAACACUCCUCCAGACACAACAUACACCAGUAACACCACAAACACUCCUCCAGACACAACAAACACCAGCAACACUACAAAUACAAACACUCCUCCAGAGACGACAAACACCAGUAACACUACAAGUACAAACACUUCUCCAGACACAACAAACACCAGUAACACUACAAAUACGGAGACUCCUCCAGACACAACAAGUACCAGUAACACUACAAAUACAAACACUUCUCCAAACACAACAAACACCAGUAACACUACAAAUACAAACACUACUACAGACACAACAAACACCAGUAACACUACAAAUACAAACACUCCUCCAGACACAACAAACACCAGUAACACUACAAAUACAAACACUCCUCCAGACACAACAAGUACCAGUAACACUACAAAUACAAACACUACUCCAAACACAACAAACACCAGUAACACUACAAAUACAAACACUCCUCCAGAGACAACAAACACCAGUAACACUACAAAUACAAACACUACUACAGACAUGACAAACACCAGUAACACUACAAAUACGGAGACUCCUCCAGACACAACAAGCACCAGUAACACUACAAAUACAAACACGACUACAGACCCAACAAACACCAAUAACACUACAAAUACGGAGACUCCUCCAGACACAACAAACACCAGUAACACUACAAAUACAAACACGACUACAGACCCAACAAACACCAGUAACACUACAAAUAGAAACACUACUACAGACAUGACAAACACCAGUAACACUACAAAUACGGAGACUCCUCCAGACACAACAAACACCAGUAACACUACAAAUACAAACACGACUACAGACCCAACAAACACCAGUAACACUACAAAUACAAACACUACUACAGACAUGACAAACACCAGUAACACUACAAAUACGGAGACUCCUCCAGACACAACAAACACCAGUAACACUACAAAUACAAACACUACUACAGACAUGACAAACACCAGUAACACUACAAAUAUAAACACUCCUCCAGACACAACACACACCAGUAACACCACAAACACUCCUCCAGACACAACAAACACCAGCAACACUACAAAUACAAACACUCCUCCAGAGACGACAAACACCAGUAACACUACAAGUACAAACACUUCUCCAGACACAACAAACACCAGUAACACUACAAAUACGGAGACUCCUCCAGACACAACAAGUACCAGUAACACUACAAAUACAAACACUUCUCCAAACACAACAAACACCAGUAACACUACAAAUACAAACACUACUACAGACACAACAAACACCAGUAACACUACAAAUACAAACACUCCUCCAAACACAACAAACACCAGUAACACUACAAAUACAAACACUCCUCCAGAGACAACAAACACCAGUAACACUACAAAUACAAACACUACUACAGACAUGACAAACACCAGUAACACUACAAAUACGGAGACUCCUCCAGACACAACAAGCACCAGUAACACUACAAAUACAAACACGACUACAGACCCAACAAACACCAAUAACACUACAAAUACGGAGACUCCUCCAGACACAACAAACACCAGUAACACUACAAAUACAAACACGACUACAGACCCAACAAACACCAGUAACACUACAAAUAGAAACACUACUACAGACAUGACAAACACCAGUAACACUACAAAUACGGAGACUCCUCCAGACACAACAAACACCAGUAACACUACAAAUACAAACACGACUACAGACCCAACAAACACCAGUAACACUACAAAUACAAACACUACUACAGACAUGACAAACACCAGUAACACUACAAAUACGGAGACUCCUCCAGACACAACAAACACCAGUAACACUACAAAUACAAACACUAAUACAGACCCUGCAAUCACCAGUAACACUACAAAUAGAAACACUACAAAUACGGACACUUCUCCAGACACAACAAACAUCAGUAACACUACAAAUACAAAUACUCCUCCAGACACAACAAUCACCAGUAACACUACAAAUACAAACACUACCACAGACCCAACAAACACCAGUAACACUACAAAUAGAAACACUACAAAUACAAACACUUCUCCAGGCACAACAAACACCAGUAACACUACAAAUAGAAACACUACAAAUACGGACACUUCUCCAGACACAACAAACAUCAGUAACACUACAAAUACAAAUACUCCUCCAGACACAACAAUCACCAGUAACACUACAAAUACAAACACUACCACAGACCCAACAAACACCAGUAACACUACAAAUAGAAACACUACAAAUACAAACACUUCUCCAGGCACAACAAACACCAGUAACACUACAAAUAGAAACACUACAAAUACGGACACUUCUCCAGACACAACAAACAUCAGUAACACUACAAAUACAAAUACUCCUCCAGACACAACAAUCACCAGUAACACUACAAAUACAAACACUACCACAGACCCAACAAACACCAGUAACACUACAAAUAGAAACACUACAAAUACAAACACUUCUCCAGGCACAACAAACACCAGUAACACUACAAAUAGAAACACUACAAAUACAAACACUUCUCCAGACACAACAAACAUCAGUAACACUACAAAUACAAACACUACUACAGACACAACAAUCACCAGUAACACUACAAAUACAAACACUACCACAGACCAAACAAACACCAGUAACACUACAAAUACAAACACGACUACAGACCCUGCAAUCACCAGUAACACUACAAAUACAAACACGACUACAGACACAACAAAUAACAGUAACACUACAAAUACAAACACUACUACAGACAUGACAAACAACCGUAACACUACAAAUACAAACACGACUACAGACACAACAAACAACAGUAACACUACAAAUACAAACACGACUACAGACACAACAAACAACAGUAACACUACAAAUACAAACACUACUACAGACCUGACAAACACCAGUAAUACUACAAAUACAAACACGACUACAGACCCAACAAACAACAGUAACACUACAAAUACAAACACGACUACAGACACAACAAACAACAGUAACACUACAAAUACAAACACAACUACAGACACAACAAACAACAGUAACACUACAAAUACAAACGCGACUACAGACACAACAAACAACAGUAACACUACAAAUACAAACACGACUACAGACACAACAAACAACAGUAACACUACAAAUACAAACACGAUGACAGACACAACAAACAACAGUAACACUACAAAUACAAACACUACUACAGACACAACAAACAACAGUAACACUACAAAUACAAACACGACUACAGACACAACAAACAACAGUAACACUACAAAUACAAACACUACUACAGAUACAACAAACACCAGUAACACUACAAGUACAAACACUACUACAGACACUGCAAUCACCAGUAACACUACAAACAGAAACACUACUACAGCCGCGACAAACACCAGUAACACUACAAAUACAAACACUACUACAGACAUGACAAACACCAGUAACACUACAAAUACAGACACUCCUCCAGACACAACAAACACCAGUAACACUACAAAUACAAACACUACUAGAGACACAACAAACAACAGUAACACUACAAAUACAAACACUACUACAGACACAACAAACAACAGUAACACUACAAAUACAAACACUACUACAGACAUGACAAUCACCAGUAACACUACAAAUACAGACACUCCUCCAGACACGACAAACACCAGUAACACUACAAAUACAAACACUACUACAGACCCAACAAACACCAGUAACACUACAAAUACAAACACUACUACAGACAUGACAAACACCAGUAACACUACAAAUACAAACACUACUACAAACAUGACAAACACCAGUAACACUACAAAUAGAAACACUACUACAGACAAUGCAAUCACCAGUAACACUACAAAUACAAACACUACUACAGACAUGACAAACACCAGUAACACUACAAAUAGAAACACUACUACAGACAAUGCAAUCACCAGUAACACUACAAAUACAAACACUACUACAGACAUGACAAACACCAGUAACACUACAAAUACAAACACUACUACAGACAUGACAAACACCAGUAACACUACAAAUACAAACACUACUACAGACCCAACAAACACCAGUAACACUACAAAUACAAACACUACUACAGACAUGACAAACACCAGUAACACUACAAAUACAAACACUACUACAGACCCAACAAACACCAGUAACACUACAAAUACAAACACUACUACAGACCCAACAAACACCAGUAACACUACAAAUAGAAACACUACUACAGACAUGACAAACACCAGUAACACUACAAAUACAAACACUACUACAGACCCAACAAACACCAGUAACACUACAAAUAGAAACACUACUACAGACAUGACAAACACCAGUAACACUACAAAUACAAACACUACUACAGACCCAACAAACACCAGUAACACUACAAAUAUAAACACUACUACAGACACAACAAACACCAGUAACACUACAAAUACAAACACUACUACAGACACUGCAAUCACCAGUAACACUACAAAUACAAACACUACUACAGACACUGCAAUCACCAGUAACACUACAAAUACAAACAAUACUACAGACACUGCAAUCACCAGUAACACUACAAAUACAAACACGACUACAGACACAACAAACACCAGUAACACUGCAAAUACAAGCACGACUACAGACACUGCAAUCACCAGUAACACUACAAAUAUAAACACUACUACAGACCCAACAAACACCAAUAACACUACAAAUACAAGCACGACUACAUACACAACAAACACCAGUAACACUACAAAUACAAACACUAAUACAGACACUGCAAUCACCAGUAACACUACAAAUACAAACACUACUACAGACACUGCAAUCACCAGUAACACUACAAAUACAAACACUACUACACACAUGACAAACACCAGUAACACUACAAAUACAAGCACGACUACAUACACAACAAACACCAGUAACACUACAAAUACAAACACUAAUACAGACACUGCAAUCACCAGUAACACUACAAAUACAAACACUACUACAGACACAGCAAUCACCAGUAACACUACAAAUACAAACACUACUACAGACCCUGCAAUCAACAGUAACACUACAAAUACAAACACUACUACAGACACUGCAAUCACCAGUAACACUACAAAUACAAACACUACUACAGACCCUGCAAUCAACAGUAACACUACAAAUACAAACACUACUACAGACAGUGCAAUCACCAGUAACACUACAAAUACAAACACUACUACAGACAUGACAAACACCAGUAACACUACAAAUACAAACACUACUACAGACACUGCAAUCACCAGUAACACUACAAAUACAAACACUACUACAGACACUGCAAUCACCAGUAACACUACAAAUAUAACCACUACUACAGACACAGCAAUCACCAGUAACACUACAAAUACAAACACUACUACAGACAUGACAAACACCAGUAACACUACAAAUACAAACACUACUACAGACACUGCAAUCACCAGUAACACUACAAAUACAAACACAACUACAGACAUGACAAACACCAGUAACACUACAAAUACAAACACUACUACAGACAUGACAAACACCAGUAACACUACAAAUAUAAACACUACUACAGACACUGCAAUCACCAGUAACACUACAAAUACAAACACUACUACAGACCCAACAAACACCAGUAACACUACAAAUAGAAACACUACUACAGACCCAACAAACACCAGUAACACUACAAAUACAAACACGACUACAGACACUGCAAUCACCAGUAACACUACAAAUACAAACACUACUACAGACACUGCAAUCACCAGUAACACCACAAAUAUAACCACUACUACAGACACAGCAAUCACCAGUAACACUACAAAUAGAAACACUACUACAGACACUGCAAUCACCAGUAACACUACAAAUACAAACACUACUACAGACAUGACAAACACCAGUAACACUACAAAUACAAAUACUACUACAGACAUGACAAACACCAGUAACACUACAAAUAUAACCACUACUACAGACCCAACAAACACCAGUAACACUACAAAUACAAACACGACUACAGACACAACAAACACCAGUAACACUACAAGUACAAAUACUACUACAGACACUGCAAUCACCAGUAACACUACAAAUAGAAACACUACUACAGACCCAACAAUCACCAGUAACACUACAAGUACAAACACGACUACAGACCCAACAAUCACCAGUAACACUACAAGUACAAACACUACUACAGACCCUGCAAUCACCAGUAACACUACAAAUACAAACACUACUACAGACCCUGCAAUCACCAGUAACACUACAAAUACAAACACGACUACAGACGCAACAAACACCAGUAACACUACAAAUACAAACACGACUACAGACCCAACAAACACCAGUAACACUACAAAUACAAACACGACUACAGACCCAACAAACACCAGUAACACUACAAAUACAAGCACGACUACAGACCCAACAAACACCAGUAACACUACAAAUACAAACACUACUACAGACACUGCAAUCACCAGUAACACUACAAAUAUAAACACUACUACAGACCCUGCAAUCACCAGUAACACUACAAAUACAAACAAUACUACAGACACUGCAAUCACCAGUAACACUACAAAUAGAAACACUACUACAGACCCAACAAACACCAGUAACACUACAAAUACAAACACGACUACAGACCCUGCAAUCACCAGUAACACUACAAAUACAAACACUACUACAGACACUGCAAUCACCAGUAACACUACAAAUAGAAACACUACUACAGACACUGCAAUCACCAGUAACACUACAAAUACAAACACUACUACAGACAUGACAAACACCAGUAACACUACAAAUACAAACACGACUACAGACCCUGCAAUCACCAGUAACACUACAAAUACAAACACUACUACAGAAACUGUAAUCACCAGUAACACUACAAAUAGAAACACUACUACAGACCCAACAAACACCAGUAACACUACAAAUACAAACACGACUACAGACCCUGCAAUCACCAGUAACACUACAAAUACAAACACUACUACAGACACUGCAAUCACCAGUAACACUACAAAUACAAACACUACUACACACAUGACAAACACCAGUAACACUACAAAUAUAACCACUUCUACAGACACAGCAAUCACCAGUAACACUACAAAUACAAACACUACUACAGACACUGCAAUCACCAGUAACACUACAAAUACAAACACAACUACAGACAUGACAAACACCAGUAACACUACAAAUACAAACACUACUACAGACAUGACAAACACCAGUAACACUACAAAUAUAAACACUACUACAGACACUGCAAUCACCAGUAACACUACAAAUAGAAACACUACUACAGACCCAACAAACACCAGUAACACUACAAAUACAAACACGACUACAGACCCUGCAAUCACCAGUAACACUACAAAUACAAACACUACUACAGACCCAACAAACACCAGUAACACUACAAAUAGAAACACUACUACAGACCCAACAAACACCAGUAACACUACAAAUACAAACACGACUACAGACACUGCAAUCACCAGUAACACUACAAAUACAAACACUACUACAGACACUGCAAUCACCAGUAACACUACAAAUACAAACACUACUACACACAUGACAAACACCAGUAACACUACAAAUACAAACACUACUACAGACACUGCAAUCACCAGUAACACCACAAAUAUAACCACUACUACAGACACAGCAAUCACCAGUAACACUACAAAUACAAACACUACUACAGACAUGACAAACACCAGUAACACUACAAAUACAAAUACUAGUACAGACAUGACAAACACCAGUAACACUACAAAUAUAACCACUACUACAGACCCAACAAACACCAGUAACACUACAAAUACAAACACGACUACAGACCCUGCAAUCACCAGUAACACUACAAAUACAAACACUACUACAGACACUGCAAUCACCAGUAACACUACAAAUACAAACACUACUACAGACACUGCAAUCACCAGUAACACUACAAAUACAAACACAACUACAGACAUGACAAACACCAGUAACACUACAAAUAUAACCACUUCUACAGACACAACAAACACCAGUAACACUACAAGUACAAAUACUACUACAGACACUGCAAUCACCAGUAACACUACAAAUAGACACAAUACUACAGACCCAACAAUCACCAGUAACACUACAAAUACAAACACUACUACAGACCCUGCAAUCACCAGUAACACUACAAAUACAAACACUACUACAGACACUGCAAUCACCAGUAACACUACAAAUACAAACACGACUACAGACGCAACAAACACCAGUAACACUACAAAUACAAACACGACUACAGACCCAACAAACACCAGUAACACUACAAAUACAAACACGAUUACAGACCCAACAAACACCAGUAACACUACAAAUACAAGCACGACUACAGACCCAACAAACACCAGUAACACUACAAAUACAAACACUACUACAGACACUGCAAUCACCAGUAACACUACAAAUACAAACACUACUACAGACCCUGCAAUCACCAGUAACACUACAAAUACAAACACGACUACAGACGCAACAAACACCAGUAACACUACAAAUACAAACACGACUACAGACCCAACAAACACCAGUAACACUACAAAUACAAACACGACUACAGACCCAACAAACACCAGUAACACUACAAAUACAAGCACGACUACAGACCCAACAAACACCAGUAACACUACAAAUACAAACACUACUACAGACACUGCAAUCACCAGUAACACUACAAAUACAAACACGACUACAGACCCAACAAACACCAGUAACACUACAAAUACAAACACGACUACAGACCCAACAAACACCAGUAACACUACAAAUACAAGCACGACUACAGACCCAACAAACACCAGUAACACUACAAAUACAAACACUACUACAGACACUGCAAUCACCAGUAACACUACAAAUACAAACACUACUACAGACCCUGCAAUCACCAGUAACACUACAAAUACAAACACGACUACAGACGCAACAAACACCAGUAACACUACAAAUACAAACACGACUACAGACCCAACAAACACCAGUAACACUACAAAUACAAACACGACUACAGACCCAACAAACACCAGUAACACUACAAAUACAAGCACGACUACAGACCCAACAAACACCAGUAACACUACAAAUACAAACACUACUACAGACACUGCAAUCACCAGUAACACUACAAAUACAAACACUACUACAGACCCUGCAAUCACCAGUAACACUACAAAUACAAACAAUACUACAGACACUGCAAUCACCAGUAACACUACAAAUAGAAACACUACUACAGACCCAACAAACACCAGUAACACUACAAAUACAAACACGACUACAGACCCUGCAAUCACCAGUAACACUACAAAUACAAACACUACUACAGACAUGACAAACACCAGUAACACUACAAAUACAAACACUACUACAGACACUGUAAUCACCAGUAACACUACAAAUAGAAACACUACUACAGACCCAACAAACACCAGUAACACUACAAAUACAAACACGACUACCGACCCUGCAAUCACCAGUAACACUACAAAUACAAACACUACUACAGACACUGCAAUCACCAGUAACACUACAAAUACAAACACUACUACAGACCCUGCAAUCACCAGUAACACUACAAAUACAAACACGACUACAGACACUGCAAUCACCAGUAACACUACAAAUACAAACACGACUACAGACACUGCAAUCACCAGUAACACUACAAAUAGAAACACUACUACAGACCCAACAAACACCAGUAACACUACAAAUACAAACACUACUACAGACCCUGCAAUCACCAGUAACACUACAAAUACAAACACGACUACAGACACUGCAAUCACCAGUAACACUACAAAUACAAACACUACUACAGACCCUGCAAUCACCAGUAACACUACAAAUACAAACACUACUACAGACACUGCAAUCACCAGUAACACUACAAAUACAAACUCGACUACAGACCCUGCAAUCACCAGUAACACUACAAAUACAAACACGACUACAGACCCAACAAACACCAGUAACACUACAAAUACAAACUCGACUACAGACCCUGCAAUCACCAGUAACACUACAAAUACAAACACUACUACAGACCCUGCAAUCACCAGUAACACUACAAAUACAAACACUACUACAGACAUGACAAACACCAGUAACACUACAGAUACAAACACUACUACAAACCCAACAAACACUAGUAACAUUACAAAUACAAACACUACAGACCCAACAAACACCAGUAACACUACAAAUACAAACACUACUACAAACCCAACAAACACUAGUAACAUUACAAAUACAAACACGACCACAGACCCAACAAACACCAGUAACACUACAAAUACAAACACGACUACAGACCCAACAAACACCAGCAACACUACAAAUACAAACACUACUACAGACCCAACAAACACCAGUAACACUACAAAUACAAACACGACUACAGACCCAACAAACACCAGUAACACUACAAAUACAAACACUACUACAGACCCAACAAACACCAGUAACACUACAAAUACAAACACGACUACAGACCCUGCAAUCACCAGUAACACUACAAAUACAAACACGACUACAGACCCAACAAACACCAGUAACACUACAAAUACAAACACGACUACAGACCCAACAAACACCAGUAACACUACAAAUACAAACACGACUACAGACCCAAUAAACACCAGUAACACUACAAAUACAAACACUACUACAGACCCAACAAACACCAGUAACACUACAAAUACAAACACUACUACAGACACUGCAAUCACCAGUAACACUACAAAUAGAAACACUACUACAGACCCAACAAACACCAGUAACACUACAAAUACAAACACGACUACAGAUACAACAAACACCAGUAACACUACAAAUACAAACACAACUACAGACCCUGCAAUCACCAGUAACACUACAAAUACAAACACUACUACAGACCCUGCAAUCACCAGUAACACUACAAAUACAAACACUACUACAGACACUCUAAUCACCAGUAACACUACAAAUACAAACACUACUACAGACCCAACAAACACCAGUAACACUACAAAUACAAACACGACUACAGACCCUGCAAUCACCAGUAACACUACAAAUACAAACACUACUACAGACACUGGAAUCACCAGUAACACUACAAAUACAAACACUACUACAGACCCAACAAACACCAGUAACACUACAAAUACAAACACGACUACAGACCCUGCAAUCACCAGUAACACUACAAAUACAAACACUACUACAGACCCUGCAAUCACCAGUAACACUACAAAUACAAACACUACUACAGACACUGCAAUCACCAGUAACACUACAAAUAGAAAUACUACUACAGACCCAACAAACACCAGUAACACUACAAGUACAAACACUACUACAGACAUGACAAACACCAGUAACACUACAAAUAUAACCACUACUACAGACACUGCAAUCACCAGUAACACUACAAAUACAAACACUACUCCAGCCACGACAAACACCAGUAACACUACAAAUACAAACACUCCUCCAGACACAACAAACACCAGUAACACUACAAGUACAAACACUACUACAGACAUGACAAACACCAGUAACACUACAAAUAUAACCACUACUACAGACACUGCAAUCACCAGUAACACUACAAAUAGAAACACUACUACAGACCCAACAAACACCAGUAACACUACAAAUACAAACACGACUACAGACACAACAAACACCAGUAACACUACAAAUAGAAACAGUACUACAGACACGACAAUCACCAGUAACACUACAUAUACAAACACUACUACAGACCCUGCAAUCACCAGUAACACUACAAAUACAAACACUACUACAGACAUGACAAACACCAGUAACACUACAAAUGCAAACACUACUACAGACCCAACAAACACCAGUAACACUACAAAUACAAACACUACUACAGACACGACAAUCACCAGUAACACUACAAAUAAAAACACUACUACAGAUACAACAAACACCAGUAACACUACAAAUACAAACACUACUACAGAUACAACAAACACCAGUAACACUACAAAUACAGACACGACUACAGACCCAACAAACACCAGUAACACUACAAAUACAAACUCUACUACAGACCCAACAAACACCAGUAACACUACAAAUACAAACACUACUACAGACACUGCAAUCACCAGUAACACUACAAAUACAAACACUACUACAGACCCAACAAACACCAGUAACACUACAAAUACAAACACUACUACAGACACUGCAAUCACCAGUAACACUACAAAUACAAACACUACUACAGACACUGCAAUCACCAGUAACACUACAAAUACAAACACUACUACAGACACUGCAAUCACCAGUAACACUACAAAUACAAACUCUACUACAGAUACAACAAACACCAGUAACACUACAAAUAGAAACACUACUACAGACACUGCAAUCACCAGUAACACUACAAAUACAAACACUACUACAGAUACAACAAACACCAGUAACACUACAAAUACAAACACUACUACAGACCCAACAAACACCAGUAACACUACAAAUACAAACACUACUACAGACACGACAAUCACCAGUAACACUACAAAUAGAAACACUACUACAGAUACAACAAACACCAGUAACACUACAAAUACAAACACUACUACAGAUACAACAAACACCAGUAACACUACAAAUACAGACACGACUACAGACCCAACAAACACCAGUAACACUACAAAUACAAACACUACUACAGACCCAACAAACACCAGUAACACUACAAAUACAAACACUACUACAGACACUGCAAUCACCAGUAACACUACAAAUACAAACACUACUACAGACCCAACAAUCACCAGUAACACUACAAAUACAAACACUACUACAGACCCAACAAACACCAGUAACACUACAAAUACAAACACUACUACAGACACUGCAAACACCACAUCACCAUCAUUCAAUAACAAUACAAAUACAAACACUACAUCAGACAUGAUAAACACCACACCACCAUCAAUUAAUAACAAUACAAAUGCAAACACUACACCAACAAUAAAUGUCACACAUCCAAACAACACAACACCGGCCAGCACUACCCUUUCCCCAAAAACCACAGAACCCAACAACAUAGAUCAUAACAUCACAACACCGAUCACACCUACCAUUCUCCCAGUCAUCACACAACCUAACGAAAAAUAUGUCUCGUCCACUACCCUGACAGAAUCAAACACCACACUAGGUAUCACAGACACAACAACAGAGAUCACAACCAUAGACUCCUCAACAAUCACACAACCUACGGGAACAUCAAGCUCGUAUUUUACCAUGACAGAUCCAAACACUUCUCUCACUGUUACAGACACAACACCCGGUGAUACAACACAGAUAAACACCACCGAGCCAAACACCACAGCUUAUACACUUAGCACCUUCACUACACACUAUUUAAAUCAAAGCACCACAUCAAGCCCACUCAACGUUACACAGGUUACGACUAAUAUUACCUUAGAUAGUUAUACUAUCUCCAAUAAUUUAACAGCACGUCCUCUCAAUAGCACAGUCAGCCCCAGCAAUCACACCAACUCCACCAGAAUAACCUCCACUCCAUCCAAGAUUCUCAAUACAACAGUGACAACAAACACCACUGCACAGGCCGGCCUGAUUGCCACCACAAAUGGAACCAGUACAACAGUGACCACAACAACAGUGAGCUCUCAGGUACUGGUUAAUCAGUUUCUGAACCAGUCUCAGAAUACAUCCACUCUGAACUCAUCUCAAGUGGACAACAUGGUCAGGAAUCUGGAGGAUCUCCUCUCAGCACCAAACAUCAGCCUGAAUGUGUGUCAGGGUGCUUUGUCUGUCAUCAACAAUCUCCUCAAUGCUCCUGCACAAUCGUUGGCCUCCUCAUCCAACCGCUUGAUCAAGGUUGUGGAUCAGCUGGCACUGAAAUUGGUCAUUCCGGACACGUCAGUAACAAUAGCGUUGUCUUCACUUGCACUGGUGGUGACGAAGAUCGAUGGAACCAACUUUGCAGGAAUGUCGUUUUCCAUCAACAGCCCAACAGACAUACUGAUGAGAAGCAGGAGCAAGAGGUCUGAAGGAAGUUCAUCUCCUCAGGGUUCCAUCACUCUCCCCUCCUCUCUGACCAGCGGUCUGUCCCCAGAGCAGAAACAACAGGCAUCUCGGCUUCAGUUCACCUUCUACCAAAAGAGCUCACUGUUUAAGAGCAAUGACACUAAAAAGGCACUGGGCAGUCUCAUCCUGGGAACCAGCGUGGCCAACCUGUCCAUCCGAGACCUGAAGGACAAUGUGGUGUUCUCUCUGAAGAACACGACCCCUAUAGCGCCAAAGGAAAAUAUAACUUGUGUUUUCUGGGACUUUAACCAAAAUGAUGGAAAAGGAGGAUGGAACAAUAGCGGAUGUUUUCUUCUGAACAGCACAGAUAACGAGUUGAAGUGUAGCUGCAACCACUUGACCAGCUUUGCGGUGCUAAUGGACAUCUCCAGAGAGGUAAUGACCAACAAACUGCAGGGCACCAUCCUCACCUUCAUUACAUAUAUUGGAUGUGGAAUUUCUGCCAUCUUCCUUGCCAUCACUCUCCUUACCUACCUGGCCUUUGACAAAAUCCGCAAAGACCUUCCAUCCAAGAUCCUCAUCCAGCUGUGUUUUGCGCUUUUCCUGCUCAACAUGGUCUUCCUGGUGGACUCGUGGCUAGCGCUCUACACCAAUGCCGUGGGGCUCUGCAUCUCCACCGCCUUCUUCCUGCACUACUUCCUGCUCGCCUCCUUCACGUGGGUGGGUCUGGAGGCUUUGCAUCUCUACCUGAGUAUCGUCAAGGUCUUCAAGAACUUUGUAUCGCAUUACAUGCUGAAGUUCUCUCUGGCAGGAUGGGGGAUACCUUUAAUCGUAGUCAUCAUUGUGAUCUCGGUGGAUAAAAAUAACUACGGCCUCAUUGCAUACGGAAAGUAUGCCGACGGAAGCACAGAUGAUUUCUGCUGGUUGAAGAACGAUAUCGCCUUCUAUGUGUCAGUGGUGGCCUACUUCUGUGUGAUCUUCCUGGCCAACAUGAUCAUGUUCGUGGUGGUUUUGGUACAGCUGAGACGCAUCAAACGGCAAAACCCACAAAAUAACCAAUACCGCAAAGGGUUCCAGGAUCUCCGCAGCAUUGCCGGUCUGGCCAUCUUACUCGGCCUCACCUGGGGAUUCGCUUUUUUUUCUUGGGGCGUGGUCAACCUAGCGUUUAUGUACCUUUUCACCAUCUUCAACUCCUUGCAAGGAUUUUUCAUCUUCGUCUUUCACUGUGCGGUAAAAGAGAGCGUCAGGAGACAAUGGAGAAUCUACCUAUGCUGUGGCCGCUUCAGGCUAGCAGAAAACUCAGAUUGGAGUCGUGUAGCAACUCAACACACCAAGAAGAGUUCAGUCCUCACAGCCAACACGUCCCAGUCCUCUUACAACUGUUCAACUCCUUCAAGGAACUCGUCAAUGAGUAACGACAGCCUGGGCUUUUCAUCAAGCAUAAACAACUCGCUGGUGGACGACAGCGGGUUCGGAUCUUCAGAGGAGUCCAACCGCCUCGUUCGCCGAUUAUAGCUGGAGCUCUGAUAUGAAUGACAAGUGCCAUGGUUUAACGACACAAUCUGUGGACAUAAGGUGGCUCAAACAUAACAUGGCUCAAACACUGAUGAACGACUCUAGGGUUCUGGGAUGUGUUUCCAUCUUAUUCCCGGGAGAGAUUCCAGAUGUGCCAAAAGCCCUGAUCAGGAAAAACGGUUCAUGAACGAUGGAAAGUUCCUAAGAGAACUCGUGAACAUCUGGCGUGCACCACACCACCUCAUACACUUACAGACACUGAUGAAAAGGAAGAACAGAAUAAAAUAACGGAGAGAUGAGGAUGAAGACACGCCUACAAUCAAGAAAUUAAUAUAACUCUCCAAUAAGCGUCAGUUCUGGAGUCGAAGAGUGUUUGUUAUGAACUCAGAGGUAUUUCUGUUUCAAUACCGAAAAGACAAUAAAUGAAUAAAAAACGUUCUGUUAUGAAGGAUGAAGAUAAAGAACAUGAAACAAACCUCCGUAUAUGAAGAAAAUUCCCACAGGAAGCAGUAUUAUACACCUCCUACUACAAAGUCAUGAACCAUCAUUCAUAAAAGAUCUGACGGACUGAAAUACUUGGUGUCUUCUCUUUAAUGCUUUAAAAGACUUUACAAAGUAAAUGGAGUAAAAGAUUUAAAGCUACACUAAGGUUAGAGGUGUGGUGUGUUUAAUGUUAAACUUCUGAAGAUACUGAAAAAAAAAGGAGAGCAAUUAACUGGAGAAGGUUUGUUUAUUGGAUCACAUGAACUGUUUAUUAUUUUGCGUGAUAUUUAUUGAAGUAAAAAAUGUCUGGAAAAAAUAUUCCUGUAGUUCUGUAGUGGACUCCGGAUCCACUGUGACCCUGACCGAGAUAAAGCACUUACUAAAGAUGAUGAUGAUGAGGAUGAUGGAUUGCUCAUGUUUCCUCGACACCCAAACACAUCUGAAUGUAGAUUGUUUAAUUACAGAGUAAUGUUGCUGUUUAUAACGUGAUAAUUACUCAUGUUAAUAUAAAUUAUUGAAUAACGGAUAAAAUUUGUAAAGUUUGAUCCUGAAUUUCUUGUUAAAUUAUUUUUGCUGUAAAAUGAAAAGUCUCUGUGUAAAGUUGUGUUUAUCAGGAAUCAUGUCUGGGAGAAGUGACGUAUGUCUUCAAUGUUAUUUUGACUUAGAAAAGGUUUAUCAUGACUUCUUCAGACAGUGAAGAUUUCAUUUUUAAUUACCUCGGAUUUCUGUCUUUCUUUUUUUAAUUCUACACUGUUAAGAAUUUUAAAUGUAUUAAAAGUGCUAUAUAAACACUUCAUCAUCUACUUCUAUUAUUAUUAGUAGUAUAAUUAUAAAAGACGUUGGAUCCUGGUGGAUAAAUGAAGUAGAGCACAGAAUGUAUAGGUUAUUGUUUUCGUCCUUUUUUUAUACAACUGAUUAAUUUUAUUAUUUGUUGGAAACAUUUAUG